UGGCUGUGGAUAAGAAAAAGAAAACUUUGAGUGAGUAGUUAUUUGUAAGUUAUGUAUAAGUAUUGCAAAAUAGUUUUGGUUUGUGUACAGUAAAAAUUAUUUAUUGACUGAAAGAGCAACUUUCCUUUUAUUGAAAACUACGUAUUCUUCAAAAUGAUCAUUCCUGUUCGUUGUUUUACUUGUGGGAAAGUGAUAGGAAAUAAGUGGGAAGCUUAUUUAGGUCUUCUACAAGCUGAAUAUACCGAGGGUGAUGCUUUAGAUGCCCUUGGAUUAAAACGUUACUGUUGUAGAAGAAUGUUACUUGGACAUGUGGAUCUUAUAGAAAAAUUAUUGAAUUAUGCUCCCCUUGAGAAAUGAACACCGUUGAACAUUUGUUUAAUUAAAUAAAGUUGUGAUAAUUUAAUUUAAAACGAAAUGUGCUAGUAAACAUUUUACAUAUUUGAGUCUGUAUAAUAUUAAGGAUUAAGGAUAACUAAGAUAUUGUAACAAUAU